ACCAGUGACUAGGAUGCAUCCCAGACCAAACUGCUCCUUUCUGCCCAUCAUCUGUGGCUUCAGCUGCCUAAGGCUGCUGCUUCCCAUCAGAAAGCAGCAGAUCCACAGUCUCUUGGACUCAUUCCCCUCCUGGAUUAAUGCUGGGGAGCCUACCCAAAUCUCAUGGUUUUUUUCCAUGGUUUCAUCACUAAUGUGUAAUUACAAAGCCAUAAGGUAUUUAUGUGAAUGCUGCCAUGCUUAGAGCUCCCUCUGACCAGUGCUGAGGCUGGGGCAGUAUCAGAGGAGUGUGACAGCAGAUGGUGCCAGCAGCAUCUCCCUCCCCACACAUCAUUUUUCUUGCAUUCAUCUAAUAAAUCCAGGGGAAAACUGGCUAGUAAUGCUCAUCCUGGUUCUUCAUGUCUCCCACCAUUUCUAGUACAUCAUGGGCUGAGUGACCAUCUCCAAAAUCCAGCUGCACCAUGCCAGGAGGAUAACAGGGUUGGAGGGGCUGCUCUCAGGGCUGCAGGUGGAAUUCACAGGCUGUGGGGUCUGUGAAAUGCUCUGUGGGGCUCAUAAAUCCCCUUUUGGGCCAAGGCCCUGCCUAAUUCCCUGCUUCUGCCCUUGUCCUCCCUCCCUGCGCCCUCUCCACUCCGCCAAAGGGAGCUGACAGUUAUUUUCCCCUGCUGCAUGUUUCUGGGCUUGCUUCUGUUUACGGAGAUGGGAAUUAAAAUAACUGAUUGAUGACUUUGUUCCAUCCCAAACACUUUGGGGAAGUUUGUGUGGUUUAGAAGGGAGAGUUGGGAGCUGGGAUUUCAUUAAGCACUUGGCUCCCAGCACUUCUCCAGCCAUGCUCCAGGGGUGGCUAAUGUUGUUUUUUAAAUCCUGUUUUGCUAUCCCAGGAGCCAGAGUGGCGAUUUCCAUGGUUUGUAGGAGAACUUGGAGAUGUGGCAGGUCCCUGAGGUUCCCUUUGAGUUCUGAAACACCAGCAAACCUUGUAGCCGCUGCAAUAUUGUUUCACUUAAGCCCUCCUCCACCGCUUCAUCAGCACAAAAUCGCACUCCAGCUGCCUAAAAUCUUUGGAAAAGAGCCAAAAAAAUGAAUUACUAGAGUUUGUUUUCAUUGUGUGGAUGAGGAUUUACAGGCUGUGACUGGGAGAAAAGGAGUGAGUGGACCUUUUUCCCCUCUGGAAGGAUUUUCUUGGGAGCUAAAACUCCUACAGGGGCUCAGUAGUGCUCAGCUCCAUAAACAUCAUUUAUGGAACAGAUACAAAAGGCAGCACACUAUGGGGAUACCAGGACAGCCAGGAUCCAGGGAAAGACUGAUUUUAGCUCUGGAGCUCAGUAAGCCUUUUUCUGCAGUGAUGAAAGAGCCAGGAGUGAGGAGACAGUGUCUGUGCUGGUUGCGGGGUCUGCUCCACAGGGUAGGCCCCCAAAUGUUUGCUGGCACCAACACAACACAACUGACUCCUGACAUCAAAAAGAGGUGCCCUCUAUUCCAUGAUUCAAUCUGUAAAGGAAAAGGGCUUUUUCUAGUGCUUUUGCAGGGCAUGUUUGCUACUGGAGUGCCCAGGGACUGUCACCUUCCAACCUGCUUCACACAUGUAGACCCACGUACCCUGGGGAGGGAUUCACUGGCAUAUCCUGGAUUGCAGAAGGGUCCCACUGGUAUUUCCCUCUUAGGUGCCAUGGUCAUAUAUCUGCUGUCUCUCCUUCCCUGUCAGAGCUUGAAGGGGCAGAAACCAUGAUGCUGUGAGAGCACCAGAACAAUAACUCAAUAACAAAUCACUUUUUAAUUAUGUGUCUGAGCUCGGGAAAUUAAGAUAAGAAUUCUGACUCAUUUAGAAACUCUCUUCGAGAUGGAGAAGGCCAUUAUUUUCAAGCCCUCCAUGAAUAAUGCAUAUCCCAGCCUUUUCCUGGAGCAUUAACUGCUCAGGGACACUUGCAGGGUAGCAUCAUGGUGUGGGGAACAUCCUGCCCACAGAUGUGGCAGGGCCUGAGCUAUUGCACAACCUCUGAUCAGUGAUGUAAAAGCGGUUGCAGGAUGGGAACAGGCGUGAUGGGAAUGUGGCCAGCUCCAGGCCAGGACAGCACCUCAAUGGGGACAUUUACACUGCAAAGGAAGGGCAGGAGCAGAGCUCCAGCCCACAGUCCAGUGGCUGUUUGCUUUAGCUCUGGACAGGGUUGGAUGGACAAAGACCAUCCUGUGUCAAAGUCCAUGUUGAUUUGGGUAAUUAAUCUCUCCUGAAGAAAUCCUUGAUUUAUUGCUCCUGUUUAUGGGUAUUGGCUUUGGGCUGGGUUGCACUCCAGGCUGUGCACCCGUGCUGGCACAGGGAGCAGCCUCCCACACAUGGGAUGGCAAUCCCUGGUCUCAUCUGUGCCUUUUCUUCCAUAUUCUUGCUAUAAACCAAGUUGAAGUGGGCAGGUUUGCAGCGAUUUACACCAGCAAAACAUCAGCCAGUUUUUCCUAAAAACAGCAAAAUCCUGCCUGAUCCAUGAGUGUGCAGGGGAGGGCUUGGUUCUUCCAGUUUGUCUUUCUCCUGUUCUGCAGGAAUUGCACUGGCAGCACAUUGCAGAGAUGUAGUGUAAGUCAGACCAGAGGCAACAGUGAUGGCAAUGAAAGUGAAGCUUUGAGUUAAAAAAUGUUUUUUAGUGUUUGGCCGAGCCUCUAUGUGGAAUGGACAGGAAGAUAAAAGAGGGGGAACCGUGAGGGUGAUGGGCACGCCUUGUUGAACCAUGUUGAAUUCCAUGUGGGAAUUUCUGUCGGGUUAAUUAUUGCACUGAGCAAUGUGGAGCUGUGCUUGGGCUGGGGUAAUCAGGGUUGAUCCACCCCCAGGUUUCAACUCUGAAAGAAUUUGCUAGCAUCCCCACUGGCAAAAGAGAGCAUGGAAAUGCCUUCCCUUCCUGGAGUGCCUGUGGUCAUGGGGGCGACCGGAGAUGUAAAAUAUCUCACGACCUCAUGCACUAUGCCAAGGACAUGCUUGGAAAAGCCAAUCUCUGCCGAGCUAAUUCCAGCACUGCUGGGAUUCCCCCUGGAAUACGUGGCCAGAUCAGCUUUCACUGGAGGAUAAAUGUGUGUUUGCUGGGAGCACACCAGAGGGUUUGGUGGGGCCAAGGGUUGCUGAAGAAAGGCCUGGCAGCUGCUGGUGUGAGCACCUUUUCCCAUCUGAGACAAAAACUGCUGAGAGCAGAUUGCAAAGGCAGUGUGGGAGAUGAGCACUUCUGCAGGGAAACAGCAGGAGCAAAUUGAAUGCUGGCUCCCAGAAACACCUCCCUGGGAGGCCAAUUCUGGAUGGGGGAGAUGUCAGCACUGAUGCUCAUCCUUAGGGAUAGUCACUGGGUUCCUACAUGCAGUCCCAUAGCUUGGCUCAGAGCAGAUUUCUUGUGGGAGGGUAAAAGCAGAGCUGGGGAGCAGAAAUUAUAUCACUCUGGCUCAUUAAACUCAGCAUUGAUGAUAUCUAUCCCCACCAAGACACUGAUCCUUUCCUAAAAGCAUAGAGAAGGAUCCUGUGCCUGCAUAAAGUUCGCCCUGGAGUAUCUUUAAGCUUUGAAAACUGCUUGGAGAUAUGAAGCUCAUGGGAAAGAGGUGUCAGGGGAGCUGUUCCCUGCUUUUUGCUCCUGCAAGCCCUGUGUAACUCUGCCAAGGGUCCCAAGGGUCCCUCUGUGGGCCCCAAGGGUCCCACAGCGAUGUCAGCUUUCCUCACAUCUCACCUCUCCCCGAGUGCUGUAAAGGAGAGCAGUCCUUGAAUCUGGCCAAUGUUUAGGAAGGAGCAUCCAGAAGGAGCACUGAAAUAUGGCCUUGGGACACACAAUCCUAUUUGAGAGCUUGGAGGCAGGAGGAUAUUUGGAGCAACACAAGGGACAGGUUGCACAGGGAAUAAAAAAAGCAGAGGAUAAAAGAGGGCACAGAAGGCAAAGGCAAGGAGAGCAACUAAACCCUGUCCAAAAACAAGGGCAAAAUUGUUCACUUCCAUGGUUAGUCACAACGAAAACAUUGGCAUUUCAUAAUUUCUUCCAGCUUGAGAAAAAUACCCCAUUAGGGCAGUGAGAGCCCUGACUGGGCCAGUGUGUGCUGAAACUGAAGGGGACCCAUGACCCCUCUUCUGACCCUGUGGGUUAUUUUCUUCCUUUACUGGGGACUGGGAUGCCAGGUGAAAGUUCCCAAAUAAUUUCCUCCCCAUAUAGAUUCCAGCCUGGCAGGAAAGCAAAGCUGCUGUGGGGAAGCUGAGCAGAAUGGAGCAGUGAUGCACACACCACCAGAUUUUAUCACUUGGUGGUGGGCAGAUGGGGCUCAGCACCAGAUCCCCCACCAUGUUUCUUGGGGUUUGACCUCAGGAUUUGGUCUGAGGUGAUAAAUUCCCUCCUCUUUCUUUUCCAGUUUAGAGAUGAGGAGGGGAUGUUGCUGUAGUUAACAUGUCCUGGUGAGAGACAGGGGAGAGACCCUGAGAGCUGCUGCUCUGCAUGGGAAGAUGUAAAUCUGGGGAACCCCUGGUAAUGAUGCUCUGGACAUCUGAGCUCAGCAGCAUCAGGGACACCAGCCUGGGGUAUUAAAAGGUGGGUAUUGCAGCAGGUUUAAGCAUGUUUUUUCCACUACCCCUGUCUGAUGGUGUGAUACCCCCCAGAGAGGGUUUUUUAUCAGUGAGGUUUUGAUAUACAAAGCUGAAUCAGAAACAGAGCAUUUUCUCACCGAGAAAUGGUCUAAAGGCACAGUUUACCAAGUAAUUGAGCCCGGAAGGCAGGACAGAUCCCUCCCUCUGCUUUAAACAGGGUUUUUAGGAGGGGGAUGGGGUGAUCCAGAUUAUCCCCAGGAGGGGCAGCAAUUACCAUCCCUCCUUGGCAGGUUCAGCAGAGCGGCUAGGGCCGGCUGAGCAGGCAGAAUGGGGUGCUGGUUUAUCCCCGGUGAUCACUGGGCUUUGUGUCUCUGUCUUUUGCUGCAGAGAUUUUGGAGAAUUUUGGGUGAUGCCCUGUUUCAGACCUGUUUGUAACUUACAGCACAGUGGCACCGUGCUAAUUUUUAUGAUGCUGUUAUUUAAUGAAAAGGCUGAAAACUGGGAGCUUCCCAAUCGCUUGACUUGUGAACUUUGGGUAAGAAGAGAAGCUGUUCCAGAGGUGAGCUCAUUUCUAACCCCGGGAAAUGACUUCAUUGAUGCUGGUAUUUACUCACAAAAACAUUGCAUGUCAGAUGUCCCUGACUAGACUUUCUGUUUCGAGUCCAGUAUGAGACAAAAAUUUCCUUGGAUGAGCUGCUCCUAAGACAAUUCAAGGUUUAGAGAAGGAGGAGAAGAAUUGCAGGGGAGGUGGGUGGGGGGAAAGAAUCAGCAUUAAGAACACUCUGAAAUCAUGAGGUUUUUCUGAAUAAAGGCAAGUUUUUGGGCAUCCAGUCUGGCUGAAGCACCUGCCUGGGGGGAGGGUGCAGAUGAUGAGUCCAGCAGAGAAAUCACCUAUCCUUACCUCCCACAAUAACCAGCAGCUGGAGUUUCUCUCAAAAAGCAAAAUACAAGUUUUUCUCUUUGGGAAGCCAAGCCCCCAGCAGUGAUUUAUCAGGAUAAACAGCAGGAGGUACUCUGCCCCAUGUUUGCAAUAGGUUAAUGGAAAUUAUAUCCCACACUGUUCUCCCUGGAUGAGAUCCCACUAUAUACAGGGUGUCCGAUGGAAAAACACAGCACUUGCAUUUUUAUUUGAGGUCUGCUCGUGCACAAAUAGUCACUGGGAUUGUAUUACCCAGUGUGGUUCCCAAUUUCUGUUUUCUCCAGCAUCCUGUGGUGAUCCACAUGGAUUUGGAGAGAUCAGUCCUAUCUGGGGACACUGGGGGAUGCUCUGUCCCCUCAUGACCCAGCACUGGACUGCAGCUCUGGGGAUGUACUGGGGCAGCAUCCCAAGAGGAGGAGAUUUCGGGAAGAGCCAAGCUGGGAUGUAUGGAAACAAGCCCUGCCUGCCAGCACUGUUUCCUAAUCCUGGACACCAAAACCCUCUGAUCGUUAAACCAGUGUUCAGAGAUUCGGCUGAAGGCUGCCAUGCAGACAACAUCCAAACUGACCUUUGAGGAGAUGAGCAAAAAAAAAAAAAGAGAGAGAAAACACAAGGGGGUUACUGUGCAAACGCUGGAGAAAAGCAGUAAUUUCAACAAGGGACCCCACCCUUAAAAUAAGACUUAUUGCUAAUGCAUGCCCAGGACAUUUCUGUGUGAUGGUAUGCUAAAAAAAUCCUCUCUGAACAGGGACUAAAGGCUUUGUUGUGGCAUGAGCAAGGCUUACAGUUCCCAAGAAAAAUCCUGUCCCUCUCUUGCAUCAUAUGGCCAGGGAUGGAGAGGACAUUUCUAGACAAAAAGGCCAUCAGCCAGGACAAAGGACAAACAGGGAAUACAUUCCUGACUUGCUAUUUAAUUGCUUUUGUGCAGGUGCAAAGGGCUAAAUGAAAAGAAAAAAUAAGGAUGAGUGUGUGGGGCUGAAUUAAUCUCAGCUUUAAGCAGAAACCUAAUGUCAGGAGGAGGUGGCUGCUGGAACAAACAGGUUUCCACCCAACUUCUAUGCAGAUUUUGUGCUAUUUUUCCCCCAAGGGCUAGGCUCAUUCCUAAGGCACUGGUGCGUGAUACCCCUGUCAGGUAAGGAGGUGAUGGGGACAAUCCCAUCCUAUGUGGCAGGAUUGGCUGGUGCUCACUGGCAGUACCAGCAAGAGUCUGCUUUCCUCUUUCCCCCUGUAUGAAAAGCACUUUGGAUGCAGAACUUUCCCUCUGUGGCUCUGAGCAGGGAAUUUCCAUCCUGAUCCCUUUUGGCAGCCGUAUACAGAAGUGAUGGAGAGUUUAAGGGAUUCUAGAGCAAACAUGGUCCACUACCUGCAGCAUCUCCUGGGUGUCAGGAGCUGGUCACUCUGCCACACAAUAUGACUCAAACCCACAGAGGUUUAAGAGUCAAAUUGGAAAAAGGGAAAAUAUCUGUUCUGCUUGUGCCCAGGAGGACUCCUGCCAGCAUAGCAGCCUCAGAGAUGGUGCAACCACCCUCAGAGCUCAGGCAUUUCCUCCUGAAAUAAGUGGGAGUAGUUUUAAUAAUGGAAAAUCUAUUCCAGAAAGGGAAUCUCCUCCUCUUGGGGAACAAUGCAGAGCCACCAUUGCCAGCCUAGGAUCUGCAGGGACCUGUAUACCACAUACUCUUUAUUUAACAGCCUGGAAAAUGUGAAGGUCUAUCUGCAUGUCAUUAAAGUCCCAGCGAAGCCCCUGGAAGUGUGGUUGCCAGUGCUGGCCCCAGCGCAGCUUGGGGCUGUCCCUCUUUCACCCCCACAGCUCCUUUGCUGGCCAGAAGAGCAGGAUGUCCUCAGUUUCCCUCCCUGUCCUUGCAUUGCACAUCGUAUUUUUUAAGCUCUUGUGAGCUCUUUGUCCCUCCCAAGGUCCUUCCCUCUCACUAUGUUAUGCUGUAAGAAAUACAGAAAGAACAAGAUGGGAACUGAUAGACUGCAGGAAAAAAAGCACAUUCAUUAAAAUAGCAAAAUGAACCACAUUUCCCCUUAUUAAUUCUCUCCUUACAGUAUUUCCAGUCCAGGCAUGUACCUGUGAUGCUCCCAUGGACCCAUGUGGUCCAGGAGCAUCUCUGAGGUGUGUGUGCGCGUCUGAGAGUCUCUCGGUUGUCUGAGCAACGGGACGUUCAUCACUAACUCCCAGGAUAAUUAACUCAUUUUCCUGUAUUUAUAGCACACCAGUACAGGGAGUGUUGGCACUUAUCCCUGAUGGAGCCACAUUUGGCCACAACAUUUUGAAUUUUGGCAAUUUCUUGCAUUACGGUGGCUGCCUGAGCCAGGCUGCCCAUGGGUGUGCACCGCCUCGGUGUGCCCCGCUCCUGGUUUGCCAGUGCAGGGGUGUUUGCAGCAGCAUUCCGGGCUCCAGAUGCCUGCAUAUGCCUGUGCUAACAGCAGCGUCGCUCCCGGCUUGGCCGCUGGCAAGGGGAAAUUUUACUGCUUCAAGGUUUGUUGCAGGGAUCUGAUGCAAGGAAACAUUGGAGCAUCCUGACUCAGCACCGCAGCGGUGGGGGACCCGUGGGAAAGACACACAGCAUCUUCUCUCAGCAUCAGGGCAUGCGUAUGCCAGCAGGGGAUGAGUGAGGAGCAGCUCCCUGCAUCUCCCCACUGCCCCACCGUGCAGGAGGACACCAAUGUCUCGGCCUCUGCAUACCCCCAGUACUGGGUGGAGCCCCAGUUCACCCAAGCAGCGAAGGUCCGUGUGAUCAUCACAGCCGUCUUCUUCCUGCUAGCGGCGGGCAGCAACGCGGCAGUGCUGGGCAGCCUGCUGAGGAAGAGGAGGAAAUCCCACGUGCAGCCACUGAUCCUCAGCCUGGCGCUGGCUGACCUGCUGGUGACAGUGAUGGUGAUGCCCCUGGAUGCAGCAUGGAAUGUGACAGUGCAGUGGUAUGGAGGGGACAUCUCCUGCAAGAUCCUCAACUUUCUCAAGCUCUUUGCUAUGUAUGCGGCUGCCCUGGUACUGGUGGUCAUCAGCCUGGACCGGCACGCGGCCAUCCUCCAUCCCUUCUCCCGUGCUCACCACCGCAAUGGGAUGCUGCUCCGUGCUGCCUGGGCUGGCAGUGUGCUCCUGGCUUUGCCCCAGCUUUUCCUCUUCCACCUGAACACAGUCCCAGGAAGGAAUUUCACCCAGUGUGUUACUCAUGGAAGCUUCCGAGCACACUGGGAGGAAACCGUCUACAACAUGUUCACCUUCACCACCCUCUACAUCACCCCUCUGAGCGUCAUGAUUGUUUGCUACAUCCGGAUCCUUUGGGAGAUCAGUAAGCAGCUAAAGGUCAAUAAAGGUUUGACAAGAAAUCAAAAUGACCACAUCUCCAAGGCACGAAUGAAGACUCUCAAGAUGACCAUAGUGAUUGUUGCCACCUUCAUCAUCUGCUGGACCCCUUACUAUCUCCUGGGCUUGUGGUACUGGUUCCAGCCAGCCAUGAUCCAGAAGAUGCCAGAGUAUGUCAACCACAGCUUCUUCCUCUUUGGCUUGCUGCACACCUGCACUGACCCUAUCAUUUAUGGGCUGUACACUCCUUCCUUUCGGGAGGAUGUGCAGCUGUGUCUCAGGGGCAUUGAAACAGCCAUCACCAGGCAAAAGAGACACAAACCCAUCUCAGCCUCAGAGAGGAACAUCAAGGAUGGUGCUGCAAAUGGUGGGGUGGCAUCAGGAGGCUCCAAUGGCACAACUGUCAGCAUGGUAUGAUGAAGAGAUGUACCCACAAGGGGAUGGCAGGCACAGCUUUGGGACUGUUCUGUCCUGUAGGACCAUUUUGGAGACUGUCAUGAUGAGGUUCCCUACUCAGCUUUGGUGGGUGAGGGUCUCUGGCCAGUAACUGAGGAUGUGUCUCCUGCCUGUACUCAGGGUGAAAAAUAUCUGGGGGUAUUUAUGGUCAUUCUGCUGUAUUCUGACAGUGCUGUGACAACUAGAAAGAAAAAUAUCCUUUUUGUACCUGGCACAUGCUCCAGCCCUGAUUCUGGGAUCAAGCUUCUCCACACUUCCAACAUCAACCCCUGGGAGGAAAUUUACCAUCUCCUCUGUGGUCCAGGAUCAUGUCUCUGAAGUGGCUGGUCUUCAAGUGUCCUUUGCACUCACACCCACCUGUAGAGCUGCAUGGAUGGUGUCACCCUAAGCCUGCAAAGGUGUGAUCACAGGCUUUCAUUCUGUUUUCUUCACCCAUUGUAGGAAAAGCCCCCUGGAAACUUCAGAUCUCCUGACUCAGAACCUGCCUGUUUCUCCCAUGGCUGUGUGGCAAGCCCUGGGAAAGAUCUAAAUAUCUGGAGAUUGACUAAUGCAGGGGCAUUCAUGCCCAUGGUGAGCAGGUAGGAAGUGCUGUGGGGAUGGAGGGGGCUCAGGUAAGAACAGUGCAAAGAACCACAGUGGGUUCUUCUCUCUUUUGAGAGAACACACUCAAAAGUGAGUUUUCUUCUCUCUUUUGAGGAGAGCUGGGAGGGAAAACAGUCCCUGCUACUGUUUUCUGGUGUGAAGGGGGUGGUACAGACAGACGCAUCAUUACACAGCAGCUCUGUGGGAUACAGGGCAAACCACGAAAGAGGGUAUUUGGGGUAAUGAGAACCAGACCUGGCACUGCCCAGCCCCCCUAGACCUUUCUGUCCCCAUGUCCCAAAGCACAAGCUGGCAGGUUACAGGCCACACGCUGGACACAUUCGCUUUGCCCUAAGCAACACCAGCCCCUCGGUUCUGCCCCAGCAGAGCAGGUGCAGCCACACCACAGGUGUUGUCUGAGGUGUCCCAGUGAUGGAAGUGAUGGGAAGCAGCUGGUAGGUGGAGGGGUCUAUCAGCACCUUUAGUGCCAGAUGGAGGCAAAUGAGGGCUUCUGGAGGGAUCAGCUGAGCUGUGGUGAGUAACAUGGGUUGUUUGCUUUCUACCAUUGAGCUAAAAUUUGCUUGUGAAGGCAGAGGUUUCCUCUCUGGGUGUGGGUUGAAGAGAUGAGUUUAUUCAACUGUGUUGUCCUUUCCAGGUAAUUAGAAAUAGUGGAUUAUUUCUUUUUUUUCAUUCUCUGAUGUUUGUUAUUAAAUGUGGGGUUUGCUUUUGAAGAGAAAUUUAGUUUUAAGCCAGGUGGAUUGUUGUUUUCUUGCUUUAGUUAAACCUUUGGACAGCUCAGGAGCUCUGGACUUGGCAGGAGGCAGUUCCUUAGCUAUUUUUGUGGCCAUUGCAGCUUUUGAUGAGCAUCUGGACUUUAUCAGGAUGAAAGAACUUUAUUUUAAAAACAACUCUUUUCUUGCUGUGGUUGCGUGUGUAGGGAGCUGGGAGAUGUCUUCCCCUCAAGAAAAUAAAUCUCGUUUGGGCACUGAGGGGGCUUUUUCUCAACCUGUUUCCAAGAGGUGUUGGCUCCCCAUCAGCCAGAAAGGAUCUGCACUGGUCUCCCAGUACCCCAGCUAACAAAUUAUUGAAAUUGGAGGGGUGGCAAGUGGUCCUUGCAGACUGGCUGAGGCUGGGCAAUGAGGACACAGGAAGCCACAGUACUCAGGGUGAUGCUGAGCUGCACACCCUGGGUAUUCAGCCCUUGCCUUUCUGGUGCUAAUUAUUAUUUAUGCUAAACAUGUAGCCCAAGGAGAAAAAAAAAUCAAUUAGAACUGCAGGAGCCUAGACCAACUGGUGGGGAUUAGCAUGAGGCAUUUCCAAACUCCAAUGAGAUGCGUAAUCGCAGUUUGGCUUUCCUGGGCUCGUUCUGCUCAAUGUUAAUUACCCAGUGCUAACGGAGCAGGGGUUGGCUGAUGCCAGGUUGGCAAAAAAGGGCUUCUUGUAAGGUGAUGGGAAUGGCUUGCAGUAGGGGAAGCUAAUUUAUUCAUCAGACACUCCUUUGGUCUUUUUGUUUAUACUGCUGAUGGGAGGCAGACCUUGAAGGUGUGUUGGUUUUCUGGCAAGCCUUGAAUAAGCAGGAAAGUGUCUUUAAUCUACUGAAAACUGUCUCCAUCCACUUUUUGCUGAGUGGGAGAGAACAGAUCCAACAUUGCUCAUGCACAUGUCUCCUCUUGCCCAGCAACAGAAGAGCUUAGAGGUCUUCUCUGAGGAGCAAGAAACACUUUUUUCCUUGUGGGAAGGAUUCACCACCUUUACACCCCAUGGGUACAGUAAAAAGACAAAAGCAGGUUUAGCUUUAGGGACUCAGUGAUCUUACAAUAAUUUAGGUUGGAAAAGAUUUCUAUGUAGAGUAGGAAAAUGGGGAUUCUGGCAAGCAGAUGUACCUUAGUCCUUAGGGGAAGCAUGGCACAUUGCUUGGGAUUCUUGCAGGCACUCCAGCGCUGCUCCUUUUGCCCAUCUCUUUCAUGCCUUCCCUCCUGUUGCUGACGUUCAAAGUGACAUCUUGUGGAGCCCGGAGUGUGGGCAAGGUGCCCAAAGUGACAGCUUUCAUGAGAGAAGGAAAAUGUCACUGGAAGCGUGUGCUGCCGUGCCAUGUGCCCACUGCAUGCAGGAAGGGGGAGCAAGCAGGUGGGCAGCACCUCCUUGGGGAAACUGGAAUCAGUCUGGGUUGUGCCAGAAGUGGACCAAAGUCUAGGCCUGGUUUGAAUAUUCCUACAUUUCUGAUUCUGCUUUUCUUAUAUUUGGUCACACUUUAGAGAGCACAAGAUUUUUGCAUCAGUUGUUGGGAGCAUGAAUCCCCAAGUCUUGCUUUGCACCCCCCACCCAGGGGUGGUCCUACUCUCUGUGGUGCUUCCCCUUCUCUCCCCACAUUGUCUCAAGCCCUUUGUCUCCAUCAGCACCUGCCCUUCUCCUCAGCUGGCUCCUCAGCUCUCCAUAUAAAAAUAUCUAUAAAAUAUAGAGAGAAAAAUAGUUUUUAUAUAUAUUAUCUAUUUCUGCUUGUUGGAGGAAAAUUCUCCCACUUCCUCAAAACCUGCUCAUUCCCACCAAGGAAACACCCAGUUACCGCACUGCUUGCAGUCCCAGCCAAGAUCAGAUUUGUCUGAUUCAGUAACAAUUCCUUAAUAUUCACCACAGCAAUGUAAUGAACAUAUUAAUAAGAGCAGGUAGCUCUGUAUUUUACAACUCCUCGACCUCACCCUGGGCUGCCUGCUUCAAACACAGCGGCCCUUUGUUCGGGAGGAAAUUCUGAUUCAUUCCCCGUUAGUGUUUUUAUAGCACUGUGCAUGUUCAAAGAGCCACGCAAGUGGCUUAAGAGGCUAACACAAACCUUGGGUUAAUUCAUAAUACUGUUAGUUACUCAGCACAAUACCCGUAUUAAUCCAGCUGACUGCACCUCGCCACGUUGGAAAACACAUGCUGAAAUCAGCAGGGAGCUCAGAAAACAAGCGUGGGAGUAGGAUAUUAAGUAUUUUGCCAGGCUGCUAGGUAGGAUCUGAGCACCUUAAAUGUAUUUAAAAUAUUUUCCCAUUGCUGUUGCCUCACUCUGCAGCUGUGGAGCUGAAGCAAUGAUGAGGCUGUGCCCAGAAUCCCUGCAGGCCUGAGCAUGAGGGAUGGGGCUACAAGCUCUCCAAGGGAUACUCCAGACACAUCCAUCAGGACUCAGCCCCCACCUGCAACCACCUCCUUUUUUUUUUGAGUCUAUUCAAACUGAUCAAAGUGGAAAAAGCUGAUUUUUUUUUUUUUUUCCUUUGAUACCUGCUGAUUUCAUUGUAGAACUGGACUGUGCAUGUCUGCCAUGAGCCCCCACAAUGCUUUCUCUCUGGGGACAUAGCCUGGAACUAUUAUUACUACUUCUGCUUACUCUCAGAAACUUUCCUAUGCAAAGAAACCCUAAGAAAAGAGCUUUAAAUCCCUGCUGUGUUCUUUUCAUCUGGCUCAGGAGCUCCCAGGUUUGUGCCUUUCCCCGCAGGGCCAGCAGCCAGCCAUCCCACAACUGCUGCCUCUUCCUUUUCCAAAGGGCCCCAAAUAGCCCAUCUGUUCCAAAAGAUGGGGUAUUUUUUCAGACAAACCAAGCUUUGAACAAAGCAGUACCCUUUAGACAGCAUCAAGUACCUCCAGGUUUUUUGGCUGGCACAUUACAUCUCCUAAACUUGUAUAUUUACAUGGCACAACCUUUACUGUAACAUGCUGAGAAAGACCAAAAAUGGGCAAAUAUUCCCAGGACCCCCAUGCACAUCUAAAUCCUCAAGUUUCUGCACUGAAAUAUCAAGGUGUAAACUAUAAAGUAGUUGAACCUGUUGCACAAUAAAUUAUUUGUUUAUGUAUAUUUUAAUUGCAAAUCUCUGCUACAAUUAGCACAGACACUUCUUGAGCUGAGGUGCUGCAGUGUGCUUUGACAGUAAGCAUUAUUAACGGGCUGUAAAAGGCAAUGGGGAAUUGGAUUAUAAUGUUCUUGUUUUGCAAGCUGUAUGGUGAAUAAAUAAAUUUGUUCUGGCAGCAAAAUUAA